UGACUUCCUAGAAGCAGCAAGACCUGCCCUGGGGAGAGUUAAGCAUCCUCAGUGUUGGGCGGGAGCCCCUCUGCCCUUCUUGCUGCUGGUCCUGGAGCUGACGCUCCAGUUAUGUUUUCAUCUUCCAGCAGGCAACCCUCUCUGCUUUUGCUGCAGCGUUUCUUCCUUGCUUCUGGGGAUUGCGAGUGCUGCCCUAGGUGACAGAGCUGCUUGUCAGCCCCCAGGCUGCCUGAAUUUGCAGCCAAUGCUAGUUUUCUCGUUCUGCCUGGAUGAACUUUGGUUAUCAGUCUGUCCAGAUCCUCUUUUUGUGCAGAGGAAUGUCAGCUAUUGGAGACCUGUCUUAGGAAUAGGUAGGUAGCAGCUCAGGGCUGGACCAGCAGUACCUUUUGGUGUAGUAGCCAAAUGAGUCUGGUUUCAGAGGAAUGUGCUGGCUUCCCCCAUAGCACAAAAUGGCUAGUCCAGGGGAAGUUUCUCCCUAAUGUAAUAAUUUAGUGUAUUCGGGACAAAGCCUGAAUAUUACCACCCAAGAAAUGUUCCUGUUGGUUCAUAAGUAUCCCUAUAAAUCAAUUCAUUUUUAGUUCUGGUAUGCUGUUGACCACAACAGGAUUUUGCAGCAGCGAGUUCCAAAGCUUAGCUGCCACCUGGGGUGUUGGAGAUGCUAUUUCUUCAUCAGUGUUUACUUUGCAGUGUAAUGGCUCUUUCUUAGCUUUGUAUAACCGAGGCUCACUGAAGUCUGCAGGCUUGAGACAGAUCCCAUGUCAGCACUGAGGAGCUAAAAGCAGUGGCAUAUUUGACCGACAAGACGUGGAUGUUCUGCUAGUCUAUGGAGGAAGAGAAACUGUUUGAAUAUCAAAAAUGAACCCAGCAGUGGACACGUCCCUCAGAAGAGGGCAGACAGUUUGCCGAGGCGGAACGCAGCGACCGUGCUACAAAAUAGUUUAUUUUCAUGAUGUUUCGCGCAGGAUCAGCUAUGAAGAAGCACACCUUGCCUGUAGAGGUGAUGGCGGUCACCUAGUCAGUAUUGAAACAGAAGCAGAGCAAAGACUGAUUGAAAAAUUCAUUGAGAGUCUCUUGGCUUCGGAUGGAGAUUUUUGGAUAGGGCUUAGGAGGAAAAAGGAGGAGGAGAUGGACAAUAGCACAGAGUGUCAGAACCUCUACAGCUGGUCAGAUGGCAGCUUGUCCAAGUUCAGGAACUGGUAUGUAGAUGAGCCAUCCUGUGGGAGUGAAAUCUGUGUUGUGAUGUACCACCAGCCAUCUGCCCCACCGGGUGUUGGAGGUCCUUACAUGUUUCAAUGGAACGAUGACAGAUGCAACAUGAAAAAUAACUUCAUUUGCAAAUAUUCUCUUGAAAAGCAAACGAAUGCUCCAAGAGAGACUUCUCAAACAGACGUUGCAACAGAACCUCUGAAGCCGACGUUCCCAGAAGAACACCGUAAGAACAAUGCUAAUGAAACGAUUAAAGAAGCCAGAGAACCUAUUCUGAGUCUUGCCUACAUCCUUAUUCCCAGCAUUCCUGUGCUGCUGCUUCUGAUGGUCGUUACAGCCAUCUUCUGUUUUUGGCUUUUUGCAAAGAGGCAAGAGCAAAUAGAUGCAAGCCCAAAGGAAGAAGAUGCCUGGCUCUCAACCCCUAGGAGGAACAGUCCAGAUCUGGAGGUUUACAAAGUAAUUAAGAAGCAAUCGGAAGCAGAUCUGGCUGGAACUAGGCCUGACAUAAAGAAUUCUUCAUUCCGUACGCGAGAAGAUAAGAUGCUUGAUAGUCUCUCCGGGGAUUAUGACGAUGUGGCAAUGAAUACAUCAAGUGGCUUUGUGACGUUGGCCAGUACAGAAAGUGGCUUUGUGACCAAUGAUAUCUAUGAGCUAUGUGGAGAUCACGUAGGGAGGAGCAAGGAAUCGGCUUGGGUGGAGAAUGAGAUAUAUGGAUAUUAAGGAAAUGGACCAAGAAAGCCUGGAAUGUGGAUCGCAGAGUGAAUGCCAAUGCAAGUUUAGCCUGUCCUACCUGUGCACUUGUUGUAAUGAUUGUAUGAGCGAUAUUGUAUCCUGGUUUUGUAUCGCACCUAUAUUCUCUUUUUUGAAAGAAUAUGGGUUUUUAAAGAGCCAACCCAAAAAGAA